AUGCUAAAACUAAAAACCCCCACUUGGAGCCAGUCUCAACUCAAAGAAGCCAUAGAGGCCGUUGUCACUCAAAGGAUGCGAUUCACUCAAGCCUCAGCAAGGUACGGCAUUCCUAAGGGAACCCUAUACGACAACAUCCUUGGUAAGAGCAAACGAAUGGCAGUACUUGAAGAAGCAGGCCUAACAGGGCCUGAAGAGGCUGCAGUGCUUGAGUUUUGUUGUUCCGUGUCAGUUUCUCCAUACAAUCGGAGGACCAAAAAGUCCCUGCAACAAGUUCUAAAUUUCGUGGAGAAAUUGAGACGGAUGAGGGAUCCCGAAUUCAUGUUCACUGGACUAUCGGGUUACAGAUGGUGGUGGGCAUUUUGUAAGAAGCAUAGCAUAGUUUCACUGUACUAUGAAUGUGAUAAAGAUGGUAGCGGGACGAUUAUCAGGGAACCAGAUAGUCCAGAAAGUAUAGGGAUGAAUAACUCUAUGUGA